AUGGCCUAUGACCGCCAUGUGGCCAUCUGCAGCCCUCUGCUCUACCAUAUCAUCAUGUCCCCAAGGCUCUGUUUGCAGCUCGUGGCUGCCAGCUAUGCAGUGGGCCUGAUGAACAUGGUGCUCCUCACUAGCACAACCUUUUAUCUGACCUGUAAAUCCCAUGUCAUCACGCAUUAUUUAUGUGAUAUUCCUCCCCUUUUAAAACUCUCCUGCUCUGACACACAGAUACUCCAGCUUCUCCUCUUUGCCUGUGGUGGCUUUAAUGUGUCUGUGUCCCUGACAAUCGUCCUGGUCUCCUACGCAUAUGCCUUCUUGGUUAUCAUCAGAAUUCCCUCAGCCAAGGAAACUUGUGCUUCUCACCUGACUUCUGUCAGCCUAUACUAUGGAACCACAGCAUUCAUUUACUUGCACCCAUCCUCUGAGUACUUGCUAGGCAGGGACAGGCUGGCGUCUGUAUUCUACACAGUGGUCAUUCCCAUGCUUACUUAA